CUAUUGCCAGUCAGAAUUCUUAUCUAGUCAUGCUGAAACAAAGUCGACUGACAAAAAGGUGCAAACAGGAGACAGCAGACAUACAUGAGACUUAAUAUGAUUUUAGCAAUCUGGCUUUUAAAAAAAAGUUUCAAAAUAUAAUUGCAUGAUUUACUCAACUGCUUCUAUUAGUUGUACUUUUUUUCAAAUGUGUCUGUUAAUCGGUCUUUCCGUAUAUAGAACCGGAGUCAUGUUUCGACUUUUGCUGCUCAUAGGGUUUUUCAGCCUUGGCGUCUGUCUCCCUCGUCAGUAUCACUUCAUCAAUGAGAAUAAGACCUGGGCGGAAGCACAGAGAUACUGCAGAGAGAAUUAUGUUGAUUUAGCCAGUAUUAAUAACACUGAGGAGGAACUGACCAUUACCAACAUGUUAGACAUCUGGAACAGCAGCCAAACCUGGAUUGGACUGUAUGAUGAUCUGUCCAGCUGGAAAUGGUCUCUGGAUGAUGAUUCUUUCUACAAAGAGGGAGAGAGAAGCUUUAGAAACUGGUUUAUACAAAAACCGAGGAACUGGAAUGGAAACGAUUUGUGUGUAUACUUUUCAAGUUAUUCUGCAGUAUGGUGGGAGUACUCUUGCUCUUGGACACUUCCGUUUAUUUGCUUUGAUGGAAGAGUGAAUGCCACUGAAAGAUAUGUCCUGGUUAUUCAGAGCCUGAACUGGACUGAAGCUCAGAGAUACUGCAGAGAGCAUUACACAGACCUGACCAGUGUGAGGAACGAGGCUGAGAACCAGAAGAUCAGAUCAUUAUCUAGUUAUGAUUAUUACAGUGUUUGGAUCGGCCUGUACAGAACUAGGUUUUGGUCAGAUAAAAGCAACUCUUCAUUCAGCAACUGGGCACCUGGACAACCAGAUAAUUAUGAACAGAAUCAAUCCUGUACUGCUGUGUCAUUUAAUAGUGAUUAUUAUUAUCAUUAUUAUUACUAUAAUCAGGGUCCUGGGAAAUGGACAGAUGAAAACUGUGGAGACGUUUUUCCAUUCCUCUGUUACAGUACAUUGUCAUCAACAUCCACUCGUCAAUAUCAUCUUAUUAAUGAGAAUAAGACCUGGACUGAAGCACAGAGAUACUGCCGAGAGAAUUACACUGACCUGGCUACCAUUGAUAACAUGGAGGAAAUGAACACACUCAUUAAUACAGUAAAUGGCAGCUACUCAGGUUUAGCCUGGAUUGGACUGUAUGAUGAUCUGGACAGCUGGAGAUGGUCUCUGGAUGAUGAUGCUUUCUACCAGGAGGGAGAGAGAGACUUCAGAGGAUGGGAACAUCAACCUGAUAACUACAAUGGAAAACAGCUGUGUGUUUCUAUUCGAUCUGAUGGAAGAUGGUUUGAUGAAGACUGUAGAAAUAGUUUAACUUUUGUCUGCUAUGAUGGAAAAAAUGGAACAGAAGAUUACACGUUCAUUUACUGGCCCAUGCCCUGGAGACAAGCUCAGGAUUACUGCAGACAGUAUUACACAGACCUGGCCAGUGUGAGGAACCAAACAGAUAAUCAAAGAAUCCUCAACGUCACAGGUGGCUCUAAUGCUUGGAUUGGUCUAUACAGGACCAGACUCUGGUCAGACAAACAGCAAUCCACAUAUGAAAACUGGAGACCAGACACUUCGUAUAUACCUGCACAGCCAGACAAUGGUUUAUAUGCUGAGAGGGAAAGCGGUAUUCAGCACUGCACUGCUGUAUCAUUCACAGAUUCAGGCCACUGGACAGAUGAGAACUGCUUGGCCACAUUCCCUUUUAUCUGCUAUAAAAAAUUCUGCACAGGAUCAUCAUGUACACUCCAUCAGUAUCACUUUGUUAAUGAGAAUAAGACCUGGACUGAAGCACAGAGAUACUGCCGGGAGAAAUACACUGACCUGGCUACCAUUGAUAGCAUGGAGGAAAUUAACAAAGUCCUUAACACAGUAAAUGGCAUCUACUCUGGUUUAGCCUGGAUUGGAAUGUAUGAUGAUCUGAACAGCUGGAAAUGGUCUCUGGAUGCUGCUUCUUUCUACAAGGAUGGAGAGAAAAGCUUUAGAAACUGGUAUAUAAACAAACCAAAGAACUUGAAUGGAAACAAUUUGUGUGUAUACAUUUCAAGUUUUGAUGGAGUAUGGCAGGAGUGCCCUUGCUCUUGGGGACUUCUGUUUAUUUGCUUUGAUGGCAGAGUGAAUGCCACUGAAAGAUAUGUCCCAGUUUAUCAGUACAUGAACUGGACUGAAGCUCAACAAUACUGCCGAGAGCAUUACACAGACCUGACCAGUGUGAGGAAUGAGACUGAGAACCAGAAGAUCAGAUUAUCAAUAUCUAAAUUUUUUUAUUCAUACUAUUAUUAUUAUAAUUAUUAUCAUAAUACUCCUCUAUGGAUUGGCCUGUACAGAACCAGGUCUUGGUCAGAUAAAAGCAACUCCUCUUUCAGCUACUGGAACCCUGGACAACCAGAUAAUUAUGGACAGAAUGAAUCCUGUACUGCUGUGUCAUUUAAUGAUUCUGGGAAAUGGACAGAUGAAAACUGCACUCAAGCUUUUCCAUUCCUCUGUUACAGCCUAAUGACAUCAUCUUCUCGCCAGUAUUACUUCGUGAAUGAGAAUAAGACCUGGACUGAAGCACAGAGAUACUGCCGAGAGAAUUACACUGACCUGGCUACCAUUGAUAACAUGGAGGAAAUGAACACACUCCUUAACACAGUAAAUGGCAGCUACUCAGGUUUAGCCUGGAUUGGACUGUAUGAUGAUCUGGACAGCUGGAGAUGGUCUCUGGAUGAUGAUGCUUUCUACCAGGAGGGAGAGAGAGACUUCAGAGGAUGGUAUCAUCAACCUGAUAACUACAAUGGACAAGAGCUGUGUGUUUACAUGAACUCCAGAGGGGAAUGGUUUGACAGUCCUUGCACUGAGACAAAGUCAUUUGUUUGCUAUAAUGAUACGAACAACACAUAUGUGGGGAUUUAUUACGCAAUGACUUGGGAAGAAGCUCAGAGAUUCUGUAGAGCAAAUCACAGAGACCUGGCCAGUGUGAGAAAUGAGACUGAAAUUCAGCAGAUACUCAGCAUCACGAACGGCUUUGAGGUAUGGAUAGGUCUGUAUAGGAACCGAUUAUGGUCAGAUCAGAGCUACUCGAACUUCACAUAUUGGAGACCAGCGAUUCCACAACAGACAGAAGAACCUGAUAACGGUGUAAAUUCACCUCGACAAUACGGAAAUCAGCACUGCACAGCUGUGGAUCAUUCCGGCCAAUGGACAGAUGAAAACUGUUUAGCCAGUUUCCCUUUCAUCUGCUACACUGGGCUUUUCAGCCUCGGCUUCUGUCUCCCUCGUCAGUAUCACUUCAUUAAUGAGAGUAAGACCUGGGAUGAAGCACAGAGAUACUGCAGAGAGAAUUAUGUUGAUUUAGCCAGUAUUACUAACACUGAAGAGCAACUGGCCCUUACUGACAUAGGCAUCUGGGACAGCAGGCGAACAUGGAUUGGACUGUAUGAUGAUAUUAACAGCUGGAAAUGGUCUCUGGAUGAUAAUUCUUUCUACAAGGAAGGAGAGAGAAGCUUUAGAAACUGGUAUAUAAACAAACCCACAAACUGGUAUGGAAACAGUUUGUGUGUAUAUUUAUCGUAUUAUGACGGAGUAUGGCAGGGGAACUCUUGUUCCAUAAAACGUCCGUUCAUUUGCUUUGAUGGCAGAGUGAAUGCCAGUGAAAGAUAUGUCCCAGUUAAUCAGUACCUGAACUGGACUGAAGCUCAACAAUACUGCAGAGAGCAUUACACAGACCUGACCAGUGUGAGGAAUGAGACUGAGAACCAGAAGAUUGUGUCAUUAAUAUUUAAUAAUACUUAUUAUUAUAGUUUUUGGAUUGGCCUGUACAGAACCAGGUCUUGGUCAGAUAAAAGCAACUCCUCUUUCAGCAACUGGAAACCUGGACAACCAGAUAAUUAUGCACAGAAUCAAUCCUGUACUGCUGUGUCAUUUAAUGAUUCUGGGAAGUGGACAGAUGAAAACUGCAGUCAAGCUUUUCCAUUCCUCUGUUACAGUACAACAUUAUCAUUAUUCUCUCAUCAGUAUCAUUUUGUUAAUGAGAAUAAGACCUGGACUGAAGCACAGAGAUACUGCCGAGAGAAUUACACUGACCUGGCUACCAUUGAUAACAUGCAGGAAAUGAACACACUCCUUAACACAGUAAAUGACAGCUACUCAGGUUUAGCCUGGAUUGGACUGUAUGAUGAUCUGGACAGCUGGAGAUGGUCUCUGGAUGAUGAUGCUUUCUAUCAGGAGGGAGAGAGAGACUUCAGAGGAUUUUACCAUGAACCUGAUAACUACAAUGGAAAAGAGCUGUGUGUUUCUAUUAGAUCUGAUGGAACAUGGUUUGAUGGAGACUGUAGAGCAUAUUUAACUUUUGUUUGCUAUGAUGGAAAGAAUGGAACAGAAAAUUACACAUGGAUAAGCCAGCACAUGCCUUGGACAAAAGCUCAGCAUUACUGCAGACAGUAUUAUACAGACCUGGCCAGUGUGAGGAACCAAACAGAUAAUCAAAGAAUCCUCAAUGUCACAGGUGGCUCUGAUGCUUGGAUUGGUCUAUACAGGACCAGACUCUGGUCAGACAAACAGGAAUCCACAUAUGAAAACUGGAGACCAGACACAUAUGAACAGCCAGACAAUGGUUUAUAUGCUGAGGGGGAAUACCGUAAUCAGCACUGCACUGCUGUAUCAUUCAUAGAUUCAGGCCACUGGACAGAUGAGAACUGCUUAGCCACAUUCCCUUUUAUUUGCUAUAAAAAAUUCUGCACAGGCUCAUCAUGUACACUCCAUCAGUAUCACUUUGUUAAUGAGAAUAAGACCUGGACUGAAGCACAGAGAUACUGCCGGGAGAAAUACACUGACUUGGCUACCAUUGAUAACAUGGAGGAAAUGAACAGUCUUCUUAACACAGUAAAUGGCAUCUACUCUGGUUUAGCCUGGAUUGGACUGUAUGAUGAUCUGAACAGCUGGAAAUGGUCUCUGGAUGCUGAUUCUUUCUACAAGGAUGGAGAGAGAAGCUUUAGAAACUGGUAUAUACACAAACCAUCAAACUGGUAUGGAAUCAGUCAGUGUGCAUACUUUUCGGGUUUUGAUGCAGUAUGGUGGGAGAUCUCUUGUUCUUCAACACUUCCAUUCAUUUGCUUUGAUGGCAGAGUGAAUGCCAGUGAAAGAUAUGUCCUGGUUAUUCAGAGCUUGAACUGGACUGAAGCUCAGAGAUACUGCAGAGAGCAUUACACAGACCUGACCAGUGUGAGGAACGAGACUGAGAACCAGAAGAUCAGAUCAUUAAUAUCUAUUUUUUAUUAUUAUAAUAGUUUUUGGAUUGGCCUGUACAGAACCAGGUCUUGGUCAGAUAAAAGCAACUCCUCUUUCAGCAACUGGAAACCUGGACAACCAGAUAAUUAUGGACAGAAUCAAUCCUGUACUGCUGUGUCAUUUACUGAUGAUUAUUUUUAUGGGAAAUGGACAGAUGAAAACUGUAGUGAAGCUUUCCCAUUCCUCUGUUACAGUACGAAGUCCUCAACAUCCUCUCAUCAGUAUCAUUUUGUUAAUGAGAGAAAGACCUGGACUGAAGCACAGAGAUACUGCCGAGAGAAUUACACUGACAUGGCUACCAUUGAUAACAUGGAGGAAAUGAACGCACUCCUUAACACAGUAAAUGGCAGCUACAAAGGUUUAGCCUGGAUUGGACAGUAUGAUGAUCUGGACGGCUGGAAAUGGUCUCUGGAUGAUGAUGCUUUCUACCAGGAGGGAGAGAGAGACUUCAGAGGAUGGUCUCAUCAACCUGAUAACUACAAUGGACAAGAGCUAUGUGUUUCCAUGGGGUACAGCGGGAAAUGGUUUGACAGUCCUUGUACUGACAGAAAGUCAUUUGUUUGCUAUAAUGGUAUGAACAAUACGUAUUUGUGGAUUUAUGAUCAAAAGACUUGGGAAGAAGCUCAGAGCUUUUGCAGAGCGAAUUACACAGACCUGGCCAGUGUGAGAAAUGAGACUGAACUUCAGCAAAUACCGAGUAUCAUGAACGGCUAUGAGGUAUGGAUAGGUCUGUAUAGGAACCGAUUAUGGUCAGAUCAGAGCAACUCAACAUUUACAUAUUGGAGACCAGCGAGUCCAGAACCAACUGCAGAACCUGAUAACGGUAUAAAUUCACCUGGACAACGUGGAAAUCAGCACUGCACAGCUGUGGAUCUGUCCGGCCAAUGGACAGAUGAAAACUGUUUAGCCAGUUUCCCUUUCAUCUGCUACACUGCAUUCACUCCAGGUGCUGUGAUGGGACUGCAAAUGAAAGUCACUGCUCAUGAAAAUCUGUUAAACUCUCAGAUUAAAAGAUUGGUGCUGAUUGAACUUCAACAAGAAUUGAGCAGACUGGGACUUUCAAGCAACUUCACUGUACGCGUGAGAAACAUCCGUAAACUCAGUCCAUGAAGGAAAAAGACUACAUUCAAGCUGAGAAUAUAAUUGAGUCAUGUUCCAGAUUCUGUGGUGAAUUAUCUUUUAUUUAUUCAUUUAUUCAGCAAUCAUUCUUUUCCAGAGCAGUCGGGAAUGCUAUAGAGUUCUAUUAAAACAAGGAUAUAGAUAUUAAAAUGCAGAUAUAAAUGUCAAGUAACAAAUAAAAAAAUUAAACUUUCAUUUUUUAACAUUUUUGAACAAAAAUUUUCCUGUAAAAAUAUUUACAAACCUUGAAAUGCCUCCUGGCUUUGACCAUAACAAUAAUAACGAUUAUAAUUACACUGAUUUGUGAAUGAGCAUGAUUUUCUUUGGUGUAAUAUUUUAUUUGGUGUAUUGGUAAUCAAUUUAUACUGUUUAUGAAUCCUAUUCUUAAAAUGAAUUUCAACAAAUAAAACACUGUAUACACACACUAUUUGUGCAAAAUGUUGCUAUGGGUGUUAAGGGAUACUAUUUAACUGGGAUUAAUGUAGUUUUGGUUGUGUUAAUUAAAUGCUGAUUAAAGGCCAUUAUAAUAAACAAACACUGAAUGAAGCAAUGAAAUGUUUCUGAAUUUAUCUUAUGUUUUAUGUGAAGUAAUGCUAUUCAAAAGCAUAAAAUAAGGAUUUAUUUUGUAAAAUUGUUUUUUUUUUUUUACUGAAGUUAAAUGCUCUAAUUAAAACCA